CAGGGAGAAGCUCUACGGGAGGUUGGCGAUGACGUAGUAGUCGUGCGACGGGACACAGCAGCAGCAGCAGCAGCAGCAGCAGCAGCAUGGGGAAGCAAAAGAAAACUAGGAAAUAUGCCGUGAUGAAAAAGCGGAUUAGCCUCAAUGAUCAGCGCAUUAAAGAGAGCGAUCGGGCGAAGACUCAGCAGAAGAAGGAGAAAGAUCUGAGUGCCAUAAAAGAGAGAGAAGUUCCCCAGGUUCCAUCCUGCCUCUUCUUCCAAUAUAACACUAAUCUGGGUCCCCCUUACUAUGUCCUGGUGGAUACGAACUUCAUUAACUUCUCUAUCAAAGCCAAGCUGGAUAUUGUACAGUCCAUGAUGGAUUGUCUCUAUGCCAAGUGUGUUCCAUGUAUCACCGACUGCGUCAUGGCGGAGCUGGAGAAACUGGGACAAAAAUACAGAGUAGCUCUCAGGAUCGCCAAGGACCCAACAUUUGAGAGACUGCCGUGCACUCACAAGGGAACCUAUGCAGAUGACUGUCUCGUCCAGAGAGUUACUCAGCACAAAUGCUACAUUGUGGCCACAGUGGACCGAGACCUGAAAAGGAGAAUCCGAAAGAUUCCUGGCGUUCCUAUCAUGUACAUUUCAAACCACAGGUAUAAUAUUGAGAGGAUGCCGGAUGACUACGGAGCUCCGCGCUUUUAGGGUUCUGGUCUCUCUUACUAUGGAGCUCUAGAUUUGGACCAUUUCCGCAUUGAAGAUUUGUGGCCGAUCUAUUGUCCCGUCUUCUGCACCUUGGGCAGUACACAGUAAUAUUGCUUUCAUCAAGUGCCUCCAAAAGACCCUACACAGAGCAGAGAUGUCAUUUUCGGUGACAGGGUUGUAUAAUCUUUGGGAGCUGGAGCUCCUCACCUGUAAAGCCACAUAGCCGCAGCAAAGCGCAGCAGUGUUUCGGUACAUUGGCCCUCAUUCCGAGUUGAUCGCUCGCUAGCUAUUUUUUGCAGAGCAGCGAUCAGAUGGUCACCGCCUCUAUGGGAGUGUAUUUUCGUUUUGCAAGUGUGCGAACACUUGUGCAGCCGAGCGAGACGAAAAACUUUUGACAUCAAUGUAUUUGUGGAUGAAUUGUUUUCAACCAGUAAUAAAGUUUCCCAUGUAUAUAAACCGGUAUCGAAUAAAAGUUUUAUAGGAGUAAAUGAAAGAUUCCUACAUCA